UCCGCUUAAAAAUUGUUUUGUGUUAAGUGAAGUGUAAUACCGCUAGGAAAGGUCGAGUGUCAGGAGCAUCGCAGAGCACAUCGGGUGCUGCUCCUGGUAGUCAUUCGUACACCGGUACGCUGAACUUUCCGCUUUAAUUGACUGAAAACUCGAUCUCGGUCCUAUAUUAAACACCGCAAUGCAGUUUGUUACAGCUAUUGCUAUGCAAAAGCAGUACCUGGAUGCUUUGUACGCCAUGGUGGAUCGCUUAACUAAUGAGGAGCUUAACUCGCUUACGAUCACCGCUAUUGAGUCAGUGGCAACACAAAGCUCCAAGAUUUGGCUGGACAUCACUAACUUGAACUCGCUGAUCUUUGAGACGUACCCGGAAGUACUUGAACACGAGUACCACGUCGGGAAUCAUUAUACUAACGCUCACGCCACCUAUGCAAUCUUGGAGACCCGCAUAGCCACCCGCAAAGACGUCAUUCAGCAGGAGAUUGAUGCCAGAGAAGCCGCACAAACGCAACAAAACCUGGCUAUGCACAGCACCGCCUUCAUGGGAGGCUCAUCGGGUACUGGACUCCCAAAAAUUAAGCUCCAGAGCUUCUCUGGAGACUUUAAGCGCUGGGGAUCAUUUAGUCAGCUCUUCUCUGAUAUUGUUAUUGACAAUGCACUUCUGAAAAACAGCCAGAAGAUGCAUUAUUUGAAGACAUUCACCAAAGAUGAAGCACACCAGCUUAUUGGAAACAUGUCAUCCACUGAUGAGUCAUUUGAGCCCGCAUGGAACCUUUUGAAAAGCCGCUAUUCCAAUCUUCGCCGCGUUGUAUCAUCACAUCUUGAAGACCUGCUGGUUGGUGAGUCUGUUCCCGCUAGAUCAGCCGCUAAAUUGGAUGUCUUGUUACUAUCCAACCAAAAGGCUCUGGAUUCCAUCAAGGCACAAGGAGUUCCAGUAGGUCACUGGGACCUCAUAAUCAUACACCUGACGCUACGCCGCUUGCCGCCCGCCGUUAGAGAAGAUUGGGAGACCAGCCUGGGUCUUACUGAUAACAUGCCGACUUACGUUCAGCUCCACGAGUUUCUCAAGUCCAAAGUCAGGGCUUGGGAGAACUUGGAACCCGCUUCGGAACCCAAGAAGCAAUCUGAAGGUCAUAAAUCCGGAGGCUCACGCAGUAAUAAACCUCAGAAGACAACAUCCUCUUACACCGCUACUCAAUACAAAGCAAAGCCCAGAAGAAAUUGCCCGCUGUGCCCUGAGGAACAUUACAUGUUGUUCUGUCCAAUCUUUAAGGCCGCUACUUUGGAGGAACGAAUCGACAUAGUCGAAAAAUACCGCCUGUGCUACAAUUGCUUGGGCCCGCAUCGCGUCGCUGAUUGUAAGACCGCUCAAGGAUGCAGGAAGUGCAGUCAACGUCAUCAUACUUCCAUCCAUCGAGAUACACCGCCUAAAUCUGCACCACAGACACUUGCAGACAACGCACAAGAUCCGCUUUCCGCUCAAGUAUUGCUAGCUACCGCUUUAGUCCAGGUCCGCCCACAUCAUGGUAAUCCAAUCACCGCCAGAGUGUUGAUUGAUCAAGGUUCAGAGCUCUUAUUUAUGAGACAGUCGCUCUUCAAGAAGCUUGGACAACCGCUACAGCGUGACAUGGUCAUGCUCAAGGGCAUUGGCAAUGUCUCCGCAGGAAGCUCACUAGGUGUGAGCACAAUUGAGCUUCGUUCGCUGUGUACGACCGCAUCAAUGCAUGUCAGCAUGCAUAUUCUACCAACACUGACGGUAGAUCUUCCAUCGUUCGUGAUCGCUGAUCCGAAAUGGCCGCAUCUUGAGAAUCUCAAGCUCGCUGACCCGCAGUAUCUACAGCCACGCCCUGUAGAUAUUAUUCUAGGUGCAUCACCAGCCGCACAGAUUAUGAACGCAGAGAUUUAA